UCAGGGGAAACAGCAAAGCGAUCUCGCAGUGCGCGGGUAUUUACAAAUUGUAAACAGCGCCAUUGUUUUGCUAACGCUAACGUUGCUAACGUUAUCAAGUGAGCAAAAUAGCGGGUCUACUGGUCUUCACAUGAUUGUAUACUUGUUCCUACCGUGAUUUUUUGCUGAGUGGAUUCUGGUGAAUGCAUUCUAGGGGGGAAUUAAAAACGAGGAUUUAUUGAAAACGAGAUGAUAGCUACCUAGCGGUUAGCUUGGGUCCCGCUGUCGGAAACAAUCGUCUAACGUUACCGUUAAAAAGAAAACACAGCUGGCUAUCAUAAAUGGAGACAAAGUACCCUACACUGAGGAGACCAAAGAGGAAGCUCUGCUACUUUACAAGCAAAGAAAGUCUGCCUAAACAAUGGACAGAACCGCUGACAUUGGAAGAUGUUGACAGGAUGUUUGAUGACUUGGAUUCAUCCUCACAAGACAAUGACCUGUGUCCCCCAUCUCCUCUGCUCCAGACCUCUGACACCGAGACAAACCAGAAUGAGAGAGAGGCUUCACCAGUCCUGCAGGAGGAACACUUGACUAAAAAACUUCCAACAUGCCAAAUGGGUCCUGGAGGAGAUGUCCUGCCUCCUGCAGCAAGAUCACCCUGUCCUAACCUGGAUAUUGAUUUGGACACCCCAUUCAAAGUACAUGAGCCAGUAAAGACAUCCAGCCCCAUUGAAGAAAAUGCGGUUGUACAUGGUGUAGAAGAGGAGGACGGUGAAAAAAAAGUUGUAUCUCCAAUUCUCUUUGACUGCGAAGAUGAAGGAAAAGAGGAGGCAAAGAUGGAGCCUCUAACCAUCCAGAAGCCCCACUGCAAUGGGCACGUCACAGAGGAAAAUGAAGAGUUGGAGUCUCCUCCAGGCAAAGUUACUCUUACCAAGCUCAUGAUACCCAGUCACAAAAAGAAGCUGGUGAUGUCAUGCAAAGAGAGUCUGCCAGUUAAAGAAAAAACAGACAAGAAACCUAAAACAGUGGGCAAAAGAAAAACCCCAAGGCAAGAAAACAUAGCUCCACCUGUUUCAGCGGUGAGGCAGGAGCCUGAAGUCGCAGCUCCUGAGAAACACUCAAGAAGCGUUCAUAGCCAGCUUCCAGCAGAGAUGUCUGCCCGUGUGGGAAAAGACAUGACUUCUUUUCUACAGAAGCUUAGAGAUGCUGGACAAUCCAAACCUGCAUGCUCCAGGAAGUUGCUGUCACCAGUAAAAGUUCCCACCCCUCCUCCUGAGACAGAGGAUGAUUUCCUCAUUUUGGAGGAUGAUACACCUCUUUGGAUUUCCAUCCCAAAUAAAGCUGCCCCCAGUAAGAAACAGAAGCAGACCAGAAGUUCCAGCACAGACAAAGACACUUCAACAGACAAGGGGACGAAGGAAAAUCCACUAGAGACGGCACAAAAAGAGGAGGACUCAGAAAAGGCCAAACAGGGAAUUCAGCCUGUUAAUGAGAAAAUGAAAAAGAAGAGACGGAGAGAGAAGAAGAAGAACGAAGAGGCUUUGCCUGGUAAUGAUAAGUUUUCCAGCCCUGAGGAUGUUCCUGCAGGUGACUUGGUGGAACAAGAGAAACCAAAUCAAAAGAAACACCGGCAGCCCAAACCGAUUCCAUUGGAAAAGAGUGACGAGGCAGAGGAGGAACCUCAAGACGUGGCCAACAGGGAACCAGAUGAAGAGAAACCCUCCCAGAAAAUAGAAAAGAAGACUCGGAGGUCCUCUAAGCUGAAGAGCUCAAAGUCUUCAAAAGAUGGGAGAGAAAAAGCCAAGUCAGGCAGGGCUAAGUCAUUAAAGGGGGCCAAAAAAGUCACACAGGAAUCUGAAGACAUAAAGGAGAUGGUGUAUGAUGAAGCUGUGAAGGAUCAGAACAACCAGAAGCUUGCAGAUGUUGAAGACUUGUGUUCUCUCUCAGACAAUGAAAUCAUAUAUUCAGAUGCACAAACAGCAAAGGAUUUAGAAGAUGGAAAGGCUGAACAGAACAGACUGCCGGUAGUUUCUCAAGGGAGUUCAUCUGAAGAAGGUCAGGUUCUUGGGAAACGGAAGAGAAAACAGACUGGACAGUGGUGGUUGUGCACCCCUCCGUGUACAGAAGAAACAGCGAUUUCAGACAACCAGCCCACACUCAAGAAGUCCAAACAGCACAAGAAAGAGCCGAGAGCAGCAGAACCUUCACCUGUAAAGGCUGAGAAGGACAGAGUCUUAAAGAAAAGUUACCAGAAACAGUCUGCACCGUCGUCUAGUCAUAACACAGUUAAAGCUAAAAAAGAAAAGAAAACCAAACAGUACAAAAACCGACCUGUAAGAGAAGACACGCCAGGCAGGAUGAAAGCAACAGAUGAAGUAUUUCACGUUACUGAGGCAGAGCAGGUUGAAGAGGAGCAGCAGGAGGAAGAAGAGGUGGCCCCAGACCAGGACCUGGAUCCUGUGCAGUCGAGCCCUUUGGUCUUUACACACAGAGACCUCAGUCUGAACUCUGGUAACUCAGGAGAUCAGGUGUUUCAGAGAGUCUACCAACAUGUCUCUAAUGAUAAAAAGUCCAGCACACCAGCCCCCGUCACUCCCAGAAGGCCCCAGGAGCAGCUCAGGGCAGCAGAAUUACAGAGGAGGACGAGGAAACCUCCUGGUAACUGGUGGAUGGCUAAUGGCACGUCUGAUGACAGGGAGAGCAUCUCUUCACAACCUCAGCAGUUUAAUCCUAAGGAGCCCAAACCUCGUAAGGAAAGAAAAAAGCGUGGUAGAUCUCCUCGACUUGGAACCCCCAAAAAUGGCAACAUGGCAGUCUCAUCAAAACCACCGGGGGGAGCUCAUGUAUCUCCUCUGAAAGUGAAGCCACUGUCCGCUCCAAAGACUAUCAAACGCUCUCUGGCCACAUUUAAAGACAUUUUCACAUCAUCUGCAGAGACCCCGACUGUGGUCAGCAGAAUAGAUACAGGUCGCAAUAACAGACGUAAUGUUGCAGCCUCUGUAACACCCAGUAAGACUGAUAAAGCUGUGCUCAGCAUGGAUGCUGGUGAAUUCAGGAGCACACAGAACAGCCCCGUCGACCACGACCCCCCACAGGACAGCAAGUGUCAGCCAGAGUACACGUUUAAAGACUUAAGGAGUGGACCCUCCUCCAUGAUUGAGCUGGAACAGUAUGAGGAGAAUGACGACUUGAUUCUUCCGUCAUCCAGGGUCCAUGCUGCACUCUCUUUAUCAGAUCUUUGCGCUCCUCCUCUCAAACCACUGACUUUACAGCCAAAGGAUAAGGCCAACCUGACAGAGUGGUUUAAGAGUCUCUGGUCUCCCACUGUCGACAAUGGUGCUGAGAUCACUCCAGACCAGUUUGACUGGUACUUCUAUCAGGGCAGAGCUAUUGGCCUCCUGAUGGACCUGAACUGUGGCUCCAUCUGUAAUGGAAAGAUCCUGCUGGGCUCCUACAUGAAGAAGCCUCUCUGGGUGGAUCACAGUGCUACAACAGUUUUUAACUUAUUAACAAGCUCUGUGAGUGUAGUCAUUGAUGGCAGAGAGUCCCGCCUCAACCCAGGACAGUCCUUCAUGGUGCAAACUGGACACGCAUACAGCAUCCAGAACGUCACUGCUCAGCCUGCAGUACUGUACUUCACCAGGAUAUUAGCAGAAAGUUCAGAUUGAAGUUACCAGCUGGAUGGUUGAAAUGACCUAAAUGACCACACCUAAGUGGGUGAGAAAAACAGACUGGAAAUGUGGGACAUUCAGUUUAUAUUUAAAUUGACUUACUUUCUGUAUUGAAAUAUAAGGUGUAAAUAGAGGAAAAUGUGGCUUUGUUUUUAAUAAUCUUAUUUGAUCCUAAGCUAUGCCUCAAGUAAUUGAUAAAACAGAUUUAAAAUGAUUUGUAAAUAAAGUUUUGUGCUUUUUAUUUGAGCUUUAUUGGGUAUUUCCUAUUAUUGUGCAACUAUUGUUGUCAACCUCUAAGGGGCAGUGUACAGCUGUAAGUCUAACUGUGUUAAACGGAGAGCUGUCAGAUAUGGUUUCAGUCAGCAUGCAAAACAAAGUCCUCAUCUGUAGUUAAUGUUGUUUGGGUUUUAAAAAAUUGCAAACACUUGUGUUAAUGACUAAAUCAUCUGAACAGAAUGUCCUUUAAAGAGUUCUUGUGUUUGGCUCUGUUGAUACUUUGUCGAACAGAAUUUGCAUUGUUUCUAAAAUCUGAUGUUUUUUUUUUUUUUUACAUGUAUCACCAAGACCUGUAUAUAUUCUAGAAUAUGAUACACAGUUUGAAACAAUUUUUUAGUUAACCAAAUAUGCAGGUAUGGAGGAAGUAUUCAGACUUGAGCAGCAAUACUACAGUGUAAAAAAAAAAAAAAGCUUCCUACAAGUUUCAGAAAAUUUCUCAGUGAAAUGUAUUUAAAUUAUCAAAAGUAAAAGUGCUCAUUAUGCUGGA